AUGGAAGAGAUUCCAAAGCAGUGCCUCGCCGGCGUGGUUGUCAACGAGGGGCCAGACUUCCACAUCGAGGUCGUCGAGGUGCCUGUCCCAGAGCCCGGCCCCUAUGAAGUCCUGAUCAAGCUCAACACGACGGGCUUGUGCAUGUCCGAUGUACACUAUAUGCUCAAUGACCUGGGCGUACCAUCCAUGUCACAUUUUAAGACGAGAUCUCCCGGCCACGAAGGUGCGGGAGUAAUUGUCAAAGUUGGAGCGCAGGUCACAUCUCUCAAGGUAGGCCAGCGUGCUGGAAUCAAACCAACUUGGGAUGUUUGUCAUGCAUGCGAUGUCUGUCUGUCCGGUCGGGAGAAUUACUGUAAAGGCAUGGUCUCCACGGGACUGCAAAAACCUGCUGAUGACGAUCUCAAAGGCUCAUAUCAACAGUACAUCGUCUCGCCGGAGCGAUAUACUGCCCUGAUUCCAGACGGUGUCAGCGACUAUAUCGCGGGACCAGUCAUGUGCUCAGCAUCCACUAUGCUGCAUUCUCUAAAGACGGCCAAUCUGUCAGCAGGGCAAUGGGCUGUGUUCGUUGGUGGCGGAGGCGGGGUUGGGCUUCAAGGCGUUCAGCUGGCAUACGCUAUGGGCCUCCGUCCUAUCGUGGUUGACACUGGGGCGAAACGAGAGGAACUGAGUCGAAAGUACGGCGCUGAGCAUUUCGUGGACUUCAGAGAGACCAAGGACGCAGUGGCUGAUGUAGUAACGUUGACCGAUGGCGGUGCCCACGGUGUCUUUGUGACUGCGAUCCAAGCCUAUCCCACUGCCAUGGGGUUCCUUGGUGAUCGAGUAGGAGGAAGGCUGAUGUGUAUUGGUCUUGGACCCCCAAACACGCAUACCAUCACCCUUGAUCCCACUGUUUCGAAUUUUAUGGCUAGAAACCAAUCAGUCACAAGCACCAUCGUCAGCUCAUUGGGCGAAAUCACACAGGCGCUUGACUUUGCUAAACGCAGUGAGUUCAAUCCCCAUGUGAGCAGUGUUGAGCAGUUGAUUGACCAAUGA